UUACAUCUUUUUGCCAACACAACUCCUUAUAAAAAUAUACCUUUCAUCAACCACUAGAUCUCACUCACAAAAACUUAUCUCCAAAACAAAGAAGAAAUGAGUAGGUCUACUGAACAAGAUCUACUCUCUACCGAGAUUGUUAACCGUGGGAUCGAACCUUCCGGUCCAAACGCCGGUUCACCAACGUUCUCGGUCAGAGUCCGGAGACGUUUACCGGAUUUUCUUCAAUCCGUGAACUUGAAGUACGUGAAACUUGGUUAUCACUACCUCAUAAACCAUGCGGUUUAUUUGGCGACCAUACCGGUUCUUGUGCUUGUGUUUAGCGCCGAAGUUGGGAGUUUGAGCAGAGAAGAGAUUUGGAAGAAGCUUUGGGAUUAUGAUCUCGCAACCGUCAUCGGAUUCUUCGGUGUCUUUGUCUUGACCGUUUGCGUCUACUUCAUGUCUCGUCCUCGAUCUGUUUAUCUCAUUGACUUCGCUUGUUUCAAGCCUUCCGAUGAACUUAAGGUGACAAGAGAAGAGUUCAUAGAUCUAGCUAGAAAAUCAGGCAAGUUCGACGAAGAGAUCCUCGGAUUCAAGAAGAGGAUCCUUCAAGCCUCAGGAAUAGGCGAUGAGACGUACGUCCCAAGAUCAAUCUCUUCGUCUGAAAACAUAACAACGAUGAAAGAAGGUCGUGAAGAAGCCUCGAUGAUGAUAUUCGGUGCACUCGACGAACUCUUCGAGAAGACACGUGUCAAACCGAAAGACGUAGGUGUCCUCGUGGUUAACUGCAGUAUCUUUAACCCGACUCCGUCACUAUCUGCCAUGGUGAUUAACCACUACAAGAUGAGAGGGAACAUACUUAGCUACAACCUAGGAGGGAUGGGUUGCUCAGCGGGAAUCAUAGCCGUUGAUCUUGCUCGUGACAUGCUUCAGUCUAACCCCAAUAGUUACGCGGUGGUUGUGAGUACCGAGAUGGUUGGGUAUAAUUGGUACGUGGGACGUGACAAGUCGAUGGUUAUACCUAACUGCUUCUUUAGGAUGGGUUGCUCCGCCGUUAUGCUCUCUAACCGCCGCCGUGACUUCCGCCAUGCUAAGUACCGCCUUGAGCACAUUGUCCGGACUCACAAGGCUGCUGAUGACCGUAGCUUCAGGAGUGUGUACCAGGAAGAAGAUGAACAAGGAUUCAAGGGAUUAAAAAUAAGCAGAGACCUAAUGGAAGUUGGAGGUGAAGCUCUGAAGACCAACAUCACUACCUUAGGCCCUCUCGUCCUUCCUUUCUCCGAGCAGCUUCUCUUCUUUGCCGCGUUGAUCCGUAGAACUUUCUCACCCGCCGCCAAAACUACCACCACCACCUCCUCCUCAGCCACUGCCAAAAUUAAUGGAGCCAAGUCUUCCUCCUCCUCUGAUCUGUCCAAGCCAUACAUCCCGGACUACAAGCUUGCCUUCGAGCAUUUCUGCUUCCACGCGGCAAGCAAAGCGGUGCUUGAGGAGCUUCAGAAGAAUCUAGGCUUGAGUGAUGAGAACAUGGAGGCUUCUAAAAUGACUUUACACAGGUUUGGAAACACUUCCAGCAGUGGAAUAUGGUACGAGCUUGCUUACAUGGAGGCCAAGGAGAGUGUCCGUAGAGGCGAUAGGGUUUGGCAGAUUGCUUUUGGGUCAGGUUUUAAGUGUAACAGUGUGGUUUGGAAGGCAAUGAGGAAGGUGAAGAAGCCGGCGAGGAACAACCCUUGGGUGGAUUGCAUUGACCGUUACCCUGUCGCUCUCUGAUCAUUUAUUUUUAAAAAUUAUUAUUUCUUCUUAAUUAAAUCAUCUAUGAUCUCUCUUCCUUGUUGUUGGAUGAUAGACGUUUGUUUGUUGGUCAUUCGUAUCUUAAGACUUCUAUAAGAAUGGAUGGUUCAAAUCCAAUUCAGGUUCCAUUUUUGUUUGUGCUGUAUUCGGUAAACUUUGAAAUUAUACAACUCUCUUAUUACGUUA